UUUCAGAAUGGUUUCAAAGCAGAUUUGCUGCUGAAAGACAUGAGAUUGGGCGAGUCGUUAGCGAAGGAGACUAGCACGCAGACCCCCUUAACGUGCCUGACUGUGGACAUGUAUGCACGUAUAUCACAGAUGGGAUGGGGUGAUAAGGAUUUUUCAAUCGCCUACAAAUACUUUAAGGAACAUCAGUCAUAAUCUAUUCCUGGAGACUUCAAAGCUUAGAGUACAAAAAUUAAUGAAUACCUACAUAAUAGUAUAUCGUAUAUUAAUAUACUAAAUUAUUUUAAUACGUGAAUACAU